CCCAGCCGCCUCGCUAACCCGCAUACCAGACAUGGACCAUCCGACGAGGUGUCCACAGCCAAACGCUCGCACAAACAAGGCAUUAUGCACUCAGAAUGGGCUUUCCUGACCGUGUAAAUAUGAGGCAGCGCGUCAUUUACAGCUUUCUUCAGUUUUCCCCAUAACCAUCUGGGAGGUGCCUUGUCCACUCCGCGUGUUAUUCACCCGUUAUUCCCCUGUUGUUCGCCUCUUACAGUCCUCACCCCACCCUUUCCCGUUGUGGUGUAUUAAUUGUGCCUUAACUAUGGAUCCUGUUGCUACGGCGAUCGUCGCUAUCGGUGUUGCACGGCGGACGGACGACAUAACGAACAACCUAAGGAAGAGGAGAUGGAGGGGAUUUGAGUCCGACGAAACGCCCCCGCCACUGGAUGAACUGGUUAUCCGAGUGAAGGUGUUGCAGGAUGCGAUCGAGACCAUCUUGAAGUCCAGUCGCGGGGUCAGUCUAAAGGUCCUCGCGGCAGUGCAGCUGUGUGGGAAAAUGUUUGAUCCCCUGGAGAUACUCGCCAAAGAUCAGAAAAAGUCACUCAUUCCCGGCAGGCUUGAGAGGAUCUCUGAGCCUUUCUUGCGGUCUGUUCAUUUUCUACAGAUCUUGCUUCUCGACGAACGUGUUCGGGCAAUUGACCAUGAUCUCACAUAUGGGAACACCGCCAAGGACCUCCAUUCUUAUGAUUGGAAGUUCAUAGCAUCUGUGCGCCAUUCGGGUGGGGAUGGAGUCCAGGGUACGGCCUUGGAUUGCCUCCUCGACACCGGUAGUGAUGCCAACUUCGUGGACACUGACACUCUCCGCGAACUCGGCAUUUUGCAGCAAGCAGAGGAUCUAGACUCUGGCGAGGUACAAAGCUUCGCCUUGGGCUCGGGGUCCUUCCAAAUCCAACCGACAAAGAGAAUUCGCCUCAUAUGGCAACAGCACUCGGCCUCGGGUGUUCCUGGAGAGGAACAGACGGCGCAGUUCCUUGUAGUAGAUGAUCUCAAGAACAAUAUUGUGGUUGGACGCCCAUAUAUCCAGUGGUAUUCUCAGACGAAGCCACCAUCGAAGAGUCUUAAUGCGAUCCGGCUCGUGGACAACGCGACAGAGGAUACCGACAAGACCAAGAAAAAAAGACAGCAGGAUGAUCUGAUUCGUGCCGAAAGGCAGAAGAAAGCGGCCGCCGAGCGAGAGCAGCAGCGACUUGUGACGCCAAUAGCGCCGUCUCAACCACAGCCACAGCUGCGACCGCAACCGCAAAACCGCCCUUACAGCUACGCUGGUUCUUUAUUUCAAGUUGCAUUCGACGCUCUCAAAGCCCUAUUCACGGCCAUACCGCAAGAACAAGCAGAGGAAGAGGAAGAAGAAGAAGAAGAAGAAGAAGAAGAAGAAGCAACAACGGUAACAACAGACAUGCCGGUUGCCAGCGGGGCCUUGCCUCCCCUAAUGCCUUGAUAAGCAACUGACAUCGGCCUGUGCGUUCUGAGGUCUGUAGGAUUUGUGAUACCGUUCUUGCCACAUGACAAUACUCGUGGCUCUUCAAUAUGAUGAGCCCGCACGGCUGUUGGUUUCUGAUGACAAGCAUGUUUGAAUGGAUGUUUUAUUGAAGGGUAGACUAGCAAUAAGUAAUAGCUAUAUGUUUUCUUCUAGGG